GUUCUAGUCUCUCCGCUCUACCUCUUUCGGCCACAGAUGCAUAUUAGUGCUGUUUUUGCUGCUUCAAUAAAAUCCAUGCGUGCUGUCUACACAUCGCAAUUCGAGUUAUUAGAACGCCCAAAACCCUAGAAACCGUCACGGAUUUGAUCGUCAAGAAUCGCUUUAACCCGCGCUGGUUUUGUGGUUUGGGAGCUUGAGGGCUUUGGAAUGAGUUCCUUCUCCAUCACGCGUAAGAAAACCCCUUUCCAGAAGCACAGGGAGGAAGAAGAGGCGAAGAAGAAGAGAUCAGAGGAUGAAACAGCUAGAUUGUAUGCUGAAUUCCUAGAGUCAUUUCAAGGCGAUAGCACACCUGGUUCAAAGACUUUUGUUCGCGGGGGGACUAUCAAUCCCAACGAUAAAUUUAAGUCUGAUUCUGAAGGUGAAAAGUCCAAAGAUGGGUUAUCUGUUCCAAAGAAGGGAAGUAGAUAUGUACCAUCUUUUAUACCUCCUCCCAUGGCUACAAAGGGAAAGGAAUCUGAUAAGAAGAAGGAGGAUGAUAGGCCAAAGGAGAAGGAAAAAGGGAAGGCUCGGAACAUAGAUAAUUUCAUGGAGGAGCUGAAGCAUGAACAAGAGAUGAGGGAGAGGCGAAAUCAGGAACGUGAGCACUGGGGUGAUGGGCGUCACAGUGAAAGUUCUGCUCCACCUAGUCGAUUUGAUGAACUGCCUGAUGAUUUUGAUCCAAGUGGAAAGCUACCUGGGUCAUUUGAUGAUGGUGAUCCACAAACUACGAAUCUUUAUGUGGGCAAUCUCUCACCUACGGUUGACGAGAAUUUCCUUCUGAGGACUUUUGGUCGAUUUGGGCCUAUUGCUAGUGUCAAGAUUAUGUGGCCAAGGACAGAAGAGGAGAAAAGAAGGCAAAGAAACUGUGGUUUUGUAGCUUUCAUGAAUAGGGCUGAUGGACAGGCUGCAAAAGAUGAAAUGCAAGGAGUUGUUGUUUAUGAAUAUGAGUUGAAGAUUGGAUGGGGUAAAUCUGUUGCUCUUCCAUCCCAAGCGCUACCUGCUCCGCCACCAGGACAUAUGGCCAUCAGGAGUAAAGAGGGUGCCACAGUAGUUUUGUCUGAUCAAUCGGGCCCGCCAGUCACUUCCAUCCCAAAUCAGAAUUCUGAGCUGGUGCUAACACCAAAUGUCCCUGACAUAAUCGUUGCUCCACCCGAGGAUGAACAUUUACGACAUGUGAUCGAUACAAUGUCUCUAUAUGUUUUGGAUGGAGGAUGUGCUUUUGAACAGGCUAUUAUGGAGAGGGGUCGUGGAAAUCCUCUUUUCAGUUUCUUGUUUGAGCUGGGGUCAAAAGAACAUACCUAUUAUGUUUGGAGGCUUUAUUCGUUUGCUCAGGGUGAUACUCUUCAAAGGUGGCGAACUGAACCUUUUAUCAUGAUAACUGGCAGUGGAAGAUGGAUGCCACCCCUGCUGCCAACAACAAAAAGCCUAGAGCAUGAAAAGGUGUCUGGUUCUACAUAUGCUGCGGGAAGAAGCAGGCGUGUGGAGCCGGAGAGAACGUUGACUGAUCCCCAGAGAGAUGAAUUUGAGGAUAUGCUUCGUUCUCUAACAUUGGAGAGACGUCAGAUAAGGGAAACUAUGGGUUUUGCAUUGGACAAUGCUGAUGCGGCAGGGGAGAUAGUUGAAGUGCUGAGCGAAUCUCUGACACUUAAGGAAACCCCUAUUCCAAGUAAGGUUGCGAGGCUCAUGCUUGUGUCAGAUAUUCUUCAUAAUAGCAGUGCUCCUGUGAAGAAUGCAUCUGCAUACCGCACAAAGUUUGAAGCAACUUUACCCGACAUAAUGGAGAGCUUUAACGAUUUGUAUAUAAGUAUAACUGGAAGGAUCACUGCUGAGGCCCUUAAGGAACGAGUACUGAAAGUUUUACAAGUAUGGGCAGACUGGUUUUUGUUUUCGGAUGCAUAUGUGAAUGGAUUACGGGCUACUUUCCUUCGAUCUGGGAGCUCGGGAGUUGUCCCUUUUCAUUCUAUAUGCGGUGAUGCACCAGAAGUAGAAAAGAAGACUAGCUCUGAAGAUCCCCGUGAGGGGGUUAAGAUCAAUCAAGAUUCUGCAUUGGCCAUGGGCAAAGGAGCAGCUACUCAGGAGCUGAUGAGUCUUCCCCUUGCUGAGCUGGAAAGACGUUGCAGACAUAACGGAUUAUCUCUUGUUGGUGGUAGAGAAAUGAUGGUUGCACGAUUGCUAAGUCUAGAAGAAGCAGAAAAACAGAGGGGAUAUGAACUAGAUGAUGACUUAAAGUUUUCUCAGAACCAUUCGGGUUCUAGUAGGCAUUCAAGUGGCAGAAGCCAAUUCUCUGUUGAACAAGAUUUGGCGGGAUCGUCAGGUUGGAAUCAUUAUGGUGAGGAUGGGUUGCAGUCACAAGGCCAGGUCUCAGUUCCUCUGGCUACAACCAUUCCGAUUCCGCAGCCUGAACUAAAACCUUUCGCAAAGAAAGAGAAAAGUGAUCCUCUUCUACCGGCCUCUAAAUGGGCUCGAGAUGAUGAUGAAAGUGACGAUGAACAAAAGAGAAGUUCUAGGGAGUUAGGGUUGAGCUACUCCUCUUCUGGUAGUGAAAAUGCUGGUGAUGGUGCUGGUAAGGCUGACGAUGUUGAGUUAGCAACUGAUGCUAGCAUUCCAUUGCAACCUGACAGUGGAAUAAAUGAAGAGCAGAGGCAAAAGUUGAGACGUUUGGAAGUUGCCUUGAUAGAAUAUCACGAAUCGCUUGAGGAGCGAGGAGUCAAGAGUUUGGAGGAAAUUGAGAGGAAAGUGGCUAUCCAUCGGAAACGGCUACAAUCUGAGUAUGGUUUACUGGAUUCUAAUGAAGAUAUUACAGGAAACAAGAGAACAUCAUCGGAAAGGAAGGAUUGGCUGGAUGAUGCACGUGACUCGAAAAAGCGAAAUCGUAGCCAGAGUAGAAGUGAAAGCCCUUCAUUAAAAUCAACGAACAGGGACCGUGAUAGGGAAAAUGAUCCUGACAGAGACCGGGAACGUGAAAGGAACUGGGAAAGAGAAAGACCUCAUGAUUCAGAAAGUGAAAGAGGGAGGAACAGGGACCGAGAUCGACGUGAAAAUAGUGGAAGUCGAGAUCGAGAUGAUCAUGACAGGGACAGAGGCAGGGAAAGGAAUAGGGAUAGGAGACGACGAAUAAAAUGAGUGUGGAUGUCGAGGCACUAACCGAAGUACAACAUUGUAGGAGUUGGAGCUAGCCUGAUCGCUGGCAGAGCAGCUUACACUCGGCAGAGUUGGUCUUUUGGUUUUGAUUUGAGAAGUGACAUUAAAAGCAUCGUGAAUGCUUUAGAAGCUGGAGAUGGUUCCUGAAUCUUGAAUCUUACUGUUCCUUGUGAUUUUCAUACUGGACUCUGUUUCCAGUCACAAUCUGUGGAAAAGAAAUCUAUGUUAGUUAGCUUAUGUUACCGUCAGAUUUAUUUUGAUCUCAAUGUUAAAAGUAUCAGUACUUGUUAAUGGUUAUGCAAGAGCCCGUUGAGUUUAUUUUUU